UCGUCAAAUUGAACAUAACCGUGAAAUAAUCAAGUGGAACUCAAUUGCUUUAUGAAUUAUUUAGAGUAUUUUGUUUAUUAAUUCAACCAAAGUGUAAUAUUAUUGUUAUAAAAGUUAUAAUUCACAUAUAUUUCUGACUGAGAAUGUAGUAUCUAUAGAGCUGAAUCUAUUUUUUAUUAUUUCCAAGUACAAAAUAAAUUUACUGUAACACCGAAUAAGAAACAUGGGAAACACGCUGAUUGGAAUUGCUCCUUCUCAAAUAUUCCCAGUGGAGCACUACCUAACCGAGCUUCCCGAUGUACAUUUUGAUAUCAAUCUUGGCAGUACAAGAUUCUUGAAAGUAGCUCGAGCCAAAAGCCAGGAAGGUCUGAUUGUAGUGAAGGUGUUUGCCAUACACGAUCCGUCGCUACCAACUGACGCCAACAGGAAGCGGGUUGAGGAGAUCAGGGCCAAGUUGGGGCCUGCUAUCAACUGCCUUCCCUUCCAGAAAACAGUGUUGACUGAAAAAGCUGGGUAUCUGCUACGAGAGUACAUCAAAUACAGUCUCUAUGAUCGUAUCUCAACGCGGCCGUUUCUGUUGCCUCUUGAGAAGAAAUGGAUCGCAUUUCAAUUGCUUUUUGGCUUACACCAGGCGCACAAAUAUGGCAUUUGUCAUGGAGAUAUAAAACUGGAGAACAUUCUAGUCACAUCUUGGCAUUGGGUUAUGCUUUCCGAUUUUGCGUCUUACAAACCUGUCUAUCUACCCGAAGAUAAUCCGUCUGACUUUUCGUAUUACUUCGACACAUCAAGGAGAAGGACUUGCUACAUUGCUCCUGAAAGGUUUGUCAAAAGUUUGCCAUCAAAUACAGGCAGCCAACUCCUUUUAUCUGAUGAAGACGUGAAGAAAGGAGAUCUGACUCCAGCCAUGGACAUAUUCUCUGCUGGAUGCGCUCUUGCAGAACUUUUCUCUGAUGGACAUCCACCAUUUGAUUUCUCCCAGCUUCUCGCGUAUAGAAGUCAGGAGUACAGUGUUGAUAAACAUCUCGAAAAAGUAGAGGAUGAAGGAAUUAGGGAACUUCUGAGAGGGAUGAUGCAAAGAGAACCAAGCAAAAGACAGUCGGCUGAAGCUUUAUUGGCGCAGGAAAAAAAUCGAGUCUUCCCAAGCUACUUCUACGACUUUCUUCAACUGUACAUCAACAUUUUCUCUGGAAGUCAACCUAUGCUUUCACCUGAUGAGAAAAUUGAGAGAUUGGCGAAGGACAUUGUCAGUGUUAUAGAAAUGCUUCCAACUUUGAAGGAUGAAAAUGGCGAAGAAAAACAAUGCUUUGAGGCGCUCAUCAUAAUUACUUCACUAGUUACAUCAUGCAUGAGAGGUUUACAUUUCUCCAGUUCAAAACUUCAAAGUCUGGAAGUGCUUUUCGAAAUAGCAAAAUACUUGCCUGCAGAGAUAAUUCUGGACAGAAUUAUCCCCUAUAUUUUCCAUUUGGUGCACGAUACAUUGCCAAGAGUUCAGGUGGUGGCUCUGCACACACUGACACGGUGCCUGUCGCUCGACUCGGUCGUUCACAACGUGCCUUCCACUGACGCAAAUAUAUUCCCUGAGUAUAUAUUACCAGGGCUCAACUCAGUAGCUCAUGACAAGGCUGUGAUAGUAAGGACCGCAUAUGCAGAAGACAUAGCUCAGUUAGCAGACACUGCACUAAAGUUUUUGGAGCACAGCCAGAAUGCAUUUCUGAAGGCGAAUGAAACUCCGCGACACAGCUACGAGAGCGAGCUGUCGACUCUGCAUGAUAUGGUCCAGCAGUCGGUCGCCACUCUCCUCAGUGAUCCCCACAACAUUGUCAAGCAAACACUCAUCCAGAAUGGAAUAACCAAGCUAUGUGUCUUCUUCGGAAAACAAAAAGCAAACGAUGUAUUACUGUCACAUAUGAUAACAUUUUUGAACGACAAACAAGAUAAAAAUUUGAGAGGCUCAUUUUUCGACUGCAUUGUGGGUGUUGCUACUUACAUUGGAAUACAUAGCUCACCGAUAUUGACGCCUCUUCUUCAACAGGGUUUGACUGAUCCGGAGGAAUACGUUGUGAGAAAAGCGAUAAACACCAUGUCAGCUCUCACAAGCUCAAACCUGCUACAAAAGGUGGCGCUCUACGAACUUCUUGAAGAAACAGCCUGCCUUCUAGUCCAUCCCAAUCUCUGGAUCAGACAAGCGAUUGUUGGAUUCAUCAGUUCUCUUGCUCGCACUCUGAAUGUGGUUGAUGUUCAGUGUAAAGUGAUGACCGUCAUAGAACCCUACCUGAAGACAUCGGUCAUUCAACUUGAAAAAGAGGCUCUGAUACUGAAUGCGUUGAAGCCAUCUAUUCCGAGAGUAGUAUACGACAUUGUUGUAAGAUGCAAAGAUCUGGAGCUCUUUCUUCAUACGUUGGCUGAACGACAACGCUCUCGUAAUUUUGCCACGUCUGGACACGCUCCUUCUACACAAUCGAUCUCAACUUCGCCAAAGCAGAACAACGAUCUAAGAAUGCUGUUCAGUCGAUUGAGCUCUGAAGGCAUGACAGAAGUAGUUGAAGAUCAACUCGUGGCGGUUGCUAAGCACCUCCGCAAAAUUCACAAGAGUCUUUCCUCUCUCAUAGAUGAGACUGGACCAAAUGGCAAGAUUGAUUUGGGAAGCUUUGGUAAUCGCGUUCCAUGUCAAGAAGUAACCUUAACUAGGCCAAACUAUACUAAAUCGGAUGCAAGUGGUGUUUCAUUGAACAGGCGAGCUGUAGAUGACACAACAUCGUUAAAUAGUGGAAUGAACGAGGAAUGGCGUCAUAUGUUCGGUGCUGCAGAUCCUGGCUCCAUGCCCAAGUUUACGGACAAUCAAGCAAAGAUCAUCUCCAGCUCGGAUAACCAUACAUCACCUCAACGCAGCAUGGAAAUCGAUUACAGUAUGCAGGAGAGAUCUUUCAUCCAAUACAGAUGCGCGCCGUGCAGACUGGAGCUGCGGCAGCUGGUGGAGAGGAAGCAGGAGAUGCACGACACGAUCGUGCGCAACCGCGAGUGGGCCGAACAUGAGGCGUGGACCCCCGCCCUGCCCCCACCCGGUUGGCGGCUGCGCGGCGCUCUAGUCGCGCACCUCCACGAGCACAAGGCCGCCGUCAACAGAUUAUUGGCAGUGCCAGAAACGUCUUUGUUCGUGAGUUGCUCGUCGGAUGGCUGCAUUCGACUGUGGGACUGUGCCAGAAUGGAGGGCAGAAACAUCGCCAACCGUUCACGGACCGUCUACAAUACUCAAUCGGGACCUCUCACCAGUCUAACUCUCUGCCUCAACAACCAGUCUCUGGCUGCAGCCAAUGACAAUGGCUCGAUUUAUCUUUGGAAGAUCGAAUCAAACAGUCAUAAAAUGUCGGUGCAGAGCACUCGACAGUUGGACAUGCAGGAGGAGGGGCCAGCCGUCGACAUCUCCUACUUCAACUCUGGCUCCAAGUCGGUGCUGGUCUACGCCACCAUGUACGGCAACCUCAUUGGCUGGGACCUGCGCAAGCCUGGCGAUGCUUUUCGCCUCGACAACGAUUUGAGAAAAGGUGUGAUAACAACGAUGUGCAUGGACUCGCGGCAGUGCUGUUUGACAGUGGGCACGAGUAGUGGCUGUCAUAUCUGCUGGGAUCUCCGCUUCCAAUUGCCAGUCAGGAAAUUUGGCCACCCUUCAGAUAGAUCCCCUCGGGUGAGGCGACUGGUGCGUCACCCAACGGAGUCGUCUUGGCUGAUCUCAUCGGUGCAGGGUCACAACGAGAUAUCCAUGUGGAACAUUGAGAGCUGCACCAGGCAGACUGUGUUGUGGGCCAGCAGUGCUCCGCCUCUCUCCAAUGCACAGUCUCAAAUGGAUUCACAGAGCAUGUGCUCUCUAUAUGCAGCCACUGUUGAUCAGACGCCCUUCCUGCUAUCCGGAGGCACGGAUCAUAGAAUUCGAUACUGGAAUUUGGAUUCUCUGAGUGAGUCGUACAUGGCUGUAAGAGCGGGCAGCGACGCUCCCGGACAAACAUCUUUCUCCUACAGGUCACGACUGGUGGAUGGGACCAACGUAGUGCAGGAGGUGCAGACUCGUGCUGGGGGUGGUCGGGGAGGCGUAGGAAGUGGCGGCGUAGGAGGGGGAGAGGAGAAGGGGAAGGCAGGACCGGAUCUGCCACCCGCGGGCCACCACGACGCAGUCACCGACAUCGCUCUCUGUCACGCGUCACAGUGCUUCAUGCUGUCCGGCUCCCGUGACGGCGUCAUCAAAGUGUGGAAGUAGAGCCGAGUCAACCUCACUACAGCACCGAGCAGUGUGCAGUGUUGGUGGUUCCAGCCCAAUCAUGCCAACGUCGUCAAAGAGACGAACACAUCUUCUAUUGUGCAAGUGGAGCUCAAUUACGAUAUCAGCACUAUCCUGUGUUGAAAUAAUGUAAAUUAGUGUAUUCAUGUUGAUGGUUGAUGGAGCUUAUACAAUCAUCUUAGCAUAGAGGUUCAUCGUCACAUCUUUGUUGAUUUGGAAGUAGAGCACAAUUACUACUAGUAUGACUUGUGCAAUUUUGUGAUGGUACUUCCAAAAUCAACUCAUAGGAUGAGUGCUCAUAGUGAACAACCUGGUUCGCACUAUGUUGGAAUGCAAUGCCUCCAUGUUAAUGGUAUACACCAAAUGAAUUUAACUACGUAGUGCUACAAAUCUUCGAUGAUGUGUGGGUCAUCGACUAAGGAAAACCUGUUUCACUUUUUAAGACAUUGCUCAUCUAGUCAAUACGCUUCAUCAAUCUAUCACUUGUAAACUGAUAAGAUUGUUGAAUACGAGCAUGUUUUGUAAAGUAUGUUCUAUCCGCGAUGGCCGUUAAAAACGUUUUCAUUAUUUCAUUAAAUGUUAGAAGUUGAUUUAUCGUGGUAAUUGGACUUCUUCCUAAAUGAAACAUUUAUAUUGUCAUAAAACUAUGUAGGAAAUUAUGAUUAUAAUUGAAUUUAAAACAAAAAAAUUCUGGGGAAUAUCGCAAAAUAAGAAAUUAGAUCAAUUCUCAAAUGUCUCAAUUCUAAUGAAAAUUCUGUUACCUAAGUUGCGGCUGGAAAUUUCAGAACAAUUCUUCUUGAAUUCUAGUUCAUGAAGCGCAGUUUGAAAUUGAAUUUGAGAGGAAUAAGUUUUAUUAUUAGUAACAUCAAAACUCAUUUUGGAAAGGUGCAGAAACUUUUUUGUUUCUUUCUUGAAAGUAGUUUUCCUGAGGAUAAUGUCCACAUAAGCUUACAUGCGUGGGUAAGGUUAAGGGAGAGAUGGUAAUAAAUGAAUGAAUCUUAAUUUAUUAUAGGUGAAAUAUUGAUUGAGUAUGUCUCCGUAGUCAUCCACCCAACCACCGAACAAAGUACCGUAAACUUGUGAUGCCAAACUUUCUAUAUUGAUUGUUGUACAACGUUUAAAAAAUAAUCUUCAUCUUGGAUCUACAGAAAUUUAAUUCUAGUAAUCUGUAUCACAAUCAGCAUUAGAAGAGCUCUUUUCGAGUUGAACGAAGAGACGCUGUGAACACAACGAAUUGUAUCACAAUUCCUUUUUCAACAAUGUUUUUCACAAUAGAAGAAACAACUUUUAUGAAACUGUACAUUUUAUUGUAAUGGAAAAAUUAAUAAGACAUGGAUUUAUAACUUUGUUAGAAACUGGCCCCUCACACUUGAUUUCGUCUCAUUCAAUUUCAUCUCUGAGCACAUCCUUCUUUACCCUCGCAUUCAAGUCUAGGAAUAAAGUGGGCAUCAAAUUAAGGGAAAAUAUAAAACUUUCGAACAUCCAACUCAGAAUGACUUAUGCUUGCCAAACCUUAAAUUUUUGUUACAGUACCAAAAUCUUCUAAAAAAUGAAAAUGAUCCAAUAUGCUAUUUAUUUUACCUCAUUUUAAUUAUAUUUUUUAUAUCUAUAUUUCUUCUAAAUAUAAUAAUAUUAUUGAAAUAUUCUUUCCCAUCUUCAAUGUAUAAUAUUGCACAGUUACUAUUAUACAGAACUGUAUCCGUUUAGUAGAAUUUUAUAUCCGUUUAGAGAAUGUAUGUUAAUUUUUUAUAAUCUCCCAGUAAGUGCCUGAAAAAUAAUAUGUCAAAUGAAAACAUGUUAUCUACAAAUUUAUACUACUAGAAAAUUUUAUGGUGUUGUGUUUGUUAUGUUUAAACAUUAAGUGAUAGAUAAAUGGUCAUUUCAUGUGUAUAUCUAUGUAUGAAAAUGAUUCAGUUUGUUGGCUGUGAAACUUGAUAGAAUGAGACGUUAUUCACUACACAAUUUAAAGUUUGACCUGUCAUGUGUGAGCAUAAUUGUAAAAUAUCUAUUAAUAAUGUAUAAGUUUUAUAUCUUUGCAUGUAUCCUAUCCAUAAGCAUGUACGGUAUUAAUAUAAGGAGGUAUGAGGUCAUGUUCAUGAACUCCAUGUAAAACUUGUGCCUGAGACGAAAUAAUCUUGGGAGUAUGGUCAGAGGUAUCAGCUAUGAGAUCAAUUAAUAAAUUUAUUUAUAAUCGUCACUAAUGUUCGGAUUCGAGUCCGUGGAUGAGCAAAAACGAAACAAUGAAAUCGAUCUUAUAUCCUGAAAAAGUUUGUUUGACGGGUUCAGAACAAACUCUGACUAUACUGGGGGCUAAAUUUCCUUCUGUUCAAGUAUUAAUUUUAUCAUCCUUGCCUAAUUCAUUUGAUAUGAAUGGAACUCAAGUUCUACCAGUAACGUACUCCACAGGUUGCAAAAGGUUCAGAAUAAAUUUAUACUGCCAACGCUAAAGAAUUGGGAGUAUGGAUGAAAAUAAGAAGAACAUUAUUUACAGUACAAGAUUUAUAGGAUCGAUAAGGACAUGUUUCUAAGAACUUGUUUCUUAAUGUAAUCCUUAUAAUAAGUAAAUAAUUUUGGAAGUAUACAUUUUACAUAGGAUUUUAGUCAUUGCGAUCUGACAUCUCUUAAGACUGUUUCGUCUCAUCGGUUACUCCUGAAGAAGGUUUAUUAUUCGUACACCUUACAGGUAGGCUACAAUAUUGUACUUAUCUGUAUAAUCAAAUUAUUGUAUAUCAUUCCUCUGGUUUAUUCUCAUGUUAUAGAUACGUAUCGUAUUAUAUACCAUAUUUUAUCGUCAA